CCUUUUUGGCUUCACUUCUUGAUUGGAUUUCAAAUCCUCUAAAACGUGUUGUAAAUUAUUGGUUUGUACUAAAAUUAUUCCUUUGCACAUUCAAACGCUCCCUUCCGAUUCCAAAAUCCUAAAUUUCUUCGGAAUUUCAAGUUUCAGUCAUUUCAAAUAAAGCUAUCCAAUUGGGUAUUUGAAGAUUCAAGCCUUUCAAAUUCGCCUCUUUGUUGUUGGAAUCCGUCCUAAAAAAAAAAAAAAAAAAUGCGUCACUCAAAUCCCUCUGUCUCGUCUCCGACGUCUGAUUCUGUUGACACCUCACCUCUCCUCACCCACUCGAUUGCCGACCACCUCCUCCGAAGCCGACGUCUCCUGCGCCACCCGCCGCAGCCCCUCCGUGGUGCAGCUGCUCGGCUCCUCCGGCGAGCCAGCAGCCGUCGCAUGAUGCUUCGGGAGCCCUCUGUCCGGGUGCGCGAAAAUGCGGCGGAGCAGCUCGAGGGGCGCCAGAGCGAUUGGGCUUACUCCAAGCCUAUUAUUGUGCUAGAUGUGUUGUGGAAUUUGGCCUUCGUGGGGAUUGCUGUUGUGGUGUUGGGGCUCAGCGUCAAGGAGGAACCUGAGGUGCCGUUGAGGCUGUGGAUUAUUGGGUACGGUUUGCAGUGUGUGUUUCAUAUUGCCUGUGUGAUCUUCGAGUACAGAAGGCGUAGUGGAAGGAAUGUGGGAUUGGGAGUCAAUGGGGCUUGGGCAAGUGGGGAUUCCACUUCGGGAUCGGGGAGUGAUGGAGGAAAUUCUGUGUACUAUGGGGCUGAAGAGCAGGCCAAUGAUGAUGAAACUAGUGUUGUAAAGCCCCUGGAGUCUGCAAAUACAAUGUUUUCAUUUGUCUGGUGGAUUGUCGGAUUUUACUGGGUUACUGCUGGUGGCCAAAAUGUGACACAUGAUUCACCUCAGCUAUACUGGCUUUGUAUCACAUUUCUUGCUUUCGAUGUGAUCUUUGUAAUUAUCUGUGUUGCUGUUGCAUCUCUCAUUGGUAUUGCUAUUUGCUUCUGCCUUCCAUGUAUAAUUGGAAUCUUAUAUGCCAUGACAGAUAGGGAAGGAGCAACAAAGGAAGAGAUUGAUCAAUUGCCUAAGUACAAGUUCCACAGGAAGGGAAAUUUUGAGAACGUUAAUGGUGAGAUUCAAGCAUCUUUUGGAGGGACGAUGGCUGAAUGUGAAAUUGAUAUGCCCACUGAGCGUCUACUCUCUCAUGAGGAUGCUGAAUGCUGCAUUUGUCUUUCUGCAUAUGAAGAUGGAACUGAGCUGCGUGAACUUCCUUGUCAUCACCAUUUCCACAGCACAUGCAUAGAUAAGUGGCUUUACAUCAAUGCAACCUGCCCUCUCUGCAAGUUCAACAUUCUAAAGGCAAGCAACCAAAUUUGUAUUGAAGAAGUAUAGAAACCAGGUUGUCGACAAGAGUUCCGGACAGAACUUCUUGCCUAGCUGUGUUAUCAUGUGCACAUGACCAUCUUGCUAGCAGUGGACCGUAUUCACUGGAGACAGAAUCUAGCCUGUGCCAAUCUCAAGAUUUAUCAUUACGAUGUGUAAUUAUCUGUAACUUUUCUCGGUCUCUCUGCCUAAUGUAUAUGAUAUUUUUACUGUUAAUUAUUAGAGAAACAGAUUUAAUGAGUA